CUCGUCUUUCCAAUUUUUGUGUUUUGUUCUUUUGAAUCAAUUCUCAGUCCUUUUUGUUGUCCUUUCUAUUUCAGAAUUAAUUUUAUUGUUUAGUGUUUUUUCUUUUUUUUUUGUUUCAUUUCUAGUCAUAUGGUUCUCAAUAACAUCAUCUUUAUUGAGAUUUACUGUAAUUUUAUUUUGUCUCUUUUUUGGGGGAUGUUCUGGAGUUCCUCUGGGGGUGUUUUCGGUGCUGUGUUUUGAACAAAUACUUAGUUUCCUCAGGUAGCUUUCAUAGCCUUUCGGGUUGUCCUCUCUUAUUUCUAAACUGAUUUCAAAUACUUAGUUUCCUCUAAGUUGCAAUUACAUAGCGUGUAGUUCUCGCACUCUAACUGUUCGUAGAAAUGUCUGUUUGAGGUUUCGCUACAAAUAGUGUUGUAGUCUCAUUGAUUUAUGUUAUUCGAUUCACAUAAAACGGUUCUUGUGUGCUGAGGUUUUUGGUGGAUCGGUGAUUGACUUAUUAUUGUGAAUGGGUCAUGAACUUGAUGGGUUUUAUUGGAAUUACCGGGGCAGAGAUGGUCCACUAGUGCACAAUAGCGUUGGGGUUGUGUGGGUUCUUUUUGAAGAAGUUGACGCUGCUGUUGAAGGUUAUUUGCCCAAGCACCCAGGAGAGGCUUUAAUGAAUGGCGGUUCUGCAUCUAGUAACUUAAGGGCAGCUCUCUCCCAUUGCGUACAACAAGUGCGAAGUUAUGAUUAUCAUCACUAUCUUUGCCUUCUCGAGCUGCCUCCGUCUAUGCGGAAGGCUGCAUUUGCACUCCGUGCCUUGAAUGUUGAAACAGCGAGGGCUAUGGAUGUUGCCUCAGAUCCCAGGAUCGGCCUUAUGCGCCUUGUUUGGUGGCAGGAAGCCAUAGACAAAAUGUUCGCCAAUAAACUGAUUGAACACCCAACAGCACAGGCCCUGUCAUCUGUGAUAGCUGAGACCAAACUCAGCAAGAUAUGGUUGAAACGAUCUGUUGAUGCUCGGAUCAAUGAUGCAAGAAGAGAGGUUACUGACAUGCCCAAAACUAUUGGAGAGUUGGAGAAAUAUGCCGAGGACACUGUAUCAACUAUGCUGUACCUAACACUUCAAGCUGGUGGUAUCAAGUCUACCGCAGCUGACCAUGCAGCCUCACAUAUUGGCAAGGCUAGUGGCAUUCUCUUGCUCCUUAAAUCAUUGCCCUAUCAUGCGUCUCACAACCGGCAUUUUUCUUACAUACCAACUGCAAUAGCAUCCAAGCAUGGGCUAAUAGUUAAGCAGGGAGGUGGAGAAGAGAGAUGGGUGGAUUCUCGCGAAGGCCUUUGUGAAGCAGUUUAUGAAAUGGCAUCAGUAGCCAAUGCACACUUAGAGAAGGCCCGGAAGUUAACCGAAAGUGUACCUCCUGAGGCUCUUCCAGUGCUCCUUCCAGCAGUGCCUGCUCAGGUUCUCUUGGAUUCCCUAAGAAAGGUCCAAUUUGAUGUGUUUGACUCAAAGCUAACAAGAGGGGUGCUGGGAAUACCUCCUUUGUGGUACCAGCUUAAGCUCAAGUGGACGUCAUGGAGAAGGAAAUACUAACAAUUUACCGAGCUUUGCUCAAUACACGGGAUCCGGGAUUUUCUUACCUUUAUUUUUUACUGAUGAGUAUUUGUUUAUUUAUUUAACGGUUAUAUUGGCCACACCUGUUGGCAGAUAAAAUGGGCCUGUAAAUGCUAGAUCAACAUUUUAUUUCCCAUUGCAGUGUGUUGUGAUGAAAUUAUUUAUUUUGUAGGAAUUUUGGAUAGAUUUUAAUUUUCUUUUUGUUA